UUUCAUACCCCUGGCAUUUUAAGUGUGACACUUUGUUUCGACGAAAAAAAAUCCACCAGCAGUUUCAUCAAUAACAAAUUAAAUUCGCCUCGUGCUGGCACUAUCACGUGAAUAACUUGUGAUCGGUGUUACUUGUAUUUAUUUUGUUGUCAAUUGGAUGAUGACGAUGGUUAUCGUGCCAAUGGGGUGGAUUGAACGGACUAGAUGUGUUAAUUGUGAACGUGGUUAGCGACCGGCGCGAAAAUGGCAAUCUCUAGUUGGAUGAUCCGGGGUAGAAGCCUACGCAAUAACAGAUCGCAACGAUAUCGCCAGGACCACGAGAACAGUCACAUUCAGCUUGAUCUGUCAAAGGAACUCGCGGAGAACGUGAAAGAAGUUCUCACCCACAUAUGCCUCCGUCAGGGAGUCUCGAGUGUGAAAAAGCUAGGCUAUUUAAACGCCUUAGUUCGCCUGGUGAGCGAGGAUGCCACCCUGGAUUACGGUCUGUCCUCCGAGAAGUUGUUGUGCUGCCUGCGAGUGGGUCUCAUCCACGAGGCAACCCAGGUGCGUGCAGCAGCUCUUCGCUCCAUACGAUUUCUCCUGAGGAAGCACGAGGAUAUCCUGACCCUGAAUAAGCUGCAGUAUCCUUACUUCAUCGCUCGUAGCAUGGACAUAAACCUGAGGAAUGAUAUGGAGCGCAUGCAGGCGUUGCGCCUUGUUCGACGAAUUCUGGUUCUUUCGCCGAGGCAUUUCAGCCCAGUCCUGGCUCGGUCCCUCAUCAGCCUGACCAAUGGAGGAGUCGAGGAGAAGGACAGAACAUUCCGAGUGUUUCUGGCGACCCUCUGCGAGCUAGGAGUCCUGAACUCCUCUCUCCUGAUAAGCUGUGGAGGAGUGGCAAGUCUGAUUCGCUCAGCCACCACAGGACUGAGCCCAUCAAUGGUGGAGUCCGUGAUUGGUGUUCUCCUGCACCUUCUGAGGAAUCCAGAGACCCGGAGGUGUGUCUCUCUCCUAUCCUUGGCAGCUCCAUACUGCGAGAUUCAUUCAUCCCUAAACGAUCGAUCGCGGGAUAGCCGAGAAUCCAUAUUUUCAGCCAGUAAAAUUGCUCUGUUGAGUGUCCUCAGGUCGUACGCAGGUGUUUUGAAUUUCUGCAAUCCCCAUGACAACUCAGGCCUCAAGGCCAUAGCAGAUAUCCUUUAUGUGGAGCAGCUGGAGGUGCGUGGAGCUGUGCUGGAAUUAUUCUAUGAGCUGCUGGGGCUGCCUCUGCCCAUAUGGACUGACGAGCCUGACGUGGCACUGGCUGCAGUCGAUCCCAGCCGGCCCAAGGACGAAUGGAGGCUCUCCGAAGGUUUUGUCGCUGCAGAGGGACGGUCUAUCCUCCCUCCACUGGCCUCCCACUGUCCUAAUAUCACUGAACUUCAUUUAGCUCUUCUGGUUUACGUUCUCCUGGAGUGUGGACUGCACAGAGCCCUUGCAGAGACCAUCGUCACCUCUGACACAUUCAUAUCCGUUCGAGCUGCUGUUCUCUUGGGGGCUGUUCUUCAUCUGGCUCACUCGCUGCUUCCACCGGACGUAUGCGAUCUCACGCCACCGCUUCCGAAUUUACUUGAACACGCCAGUGUGGGGAGGCAUCAGGCACUAGCGGCUGUUGCCAUCCUAGGGAGAAUGCACUCGAUGAUGAGGAGGAGGCCGGCACCCUCUAGUCUCUUUCUGGAUAGGAUUCUACAGGCCGGCAGCUGGCUGAGGCCCUCAGCCCCCAGACGACAGAGAACGUCCAGCAGGAAUUGGCUGAGGAGAGAGUCACCAACUACUCCUUUAUUGAAGGACGCUCAAGUGUUGAGCUCCAAGGACGCCCUCGCCUGGAAUUGGCCGGUAAUAAGAUCGAUCCUGCGAUCGAGGGAGGACUCACUUAGGAUCUUUCACGACUCUGACCACAGGUUAUUCAUUAAGAGACUCGUCAGAUACUUCAAGCCCUCCUCCAACAGGUACAGCAGAGUCGAACUUGGUACUAGUGUGACACUCACCAGAGAAGCAACUCUCGCUGGUUGUGAUUUAGUCAAUUGUUUGCUGGAGAUUCAGGAGCCAGAGGGGACUAGGCUGCUCAACGAACUCAUCGGGGAUAUUGCUGAGCAAAUAUCAGCGAUUACCACUCAAUCCUCUGCCCAUGACUCUUUAUUCUCACCGAGACACAUGACCACCACUUGCUGUCAAAAAUACUUUCUCUUUCUCGGGCAAUUGAGCCAAUCAGCCAAGGGAACUGUCAUUCUCAAGGCUUUUAAUCUCCUGGAGAAAAUGGAGGAUUUGGCUAUUUCCACAAACCACGAUUGCUACGUGAAACUGAUUGUUUCGAGUCUCGAUUACACGAGGGAGGGGCCCAAUAGGAAGGUCCUCAGUAAAAUCGUAUCAUCAGGAUUGCUGGAGCAGACUCGUCUGUAUGCUACACAGUUCUUGAGGCUCAUUCUCAGAGCGAGAAUGAACGAUGCUUUUCAGUGGGCGUUGACUCUGUUGACUGGGAGAUUGUCGGAUGACAGUAGAACAGUGGCUUUGGCAGCCCUUGAGGCCCUCCACGAGGCCAGUGAGGAGCCAGAGUAUCUUGAGACAUUUCUCAAUCAAGGAGGACACAGCAGGGCGUGGGACAAGUGGUUAGAACACCUGGGGGAUCGUGGCUAUCUCCUUAAUAUAAGAUUCUACUCGCUCAGGGCUGGAUGCACGAGGCUUCCAUCACCUGCUGAGGAACUCGAGAAGUGGAUCAAGCCUGGUGGCUUCGCCGAGACUUACGUAGGCCUCCUCGAGAGGGAGAUUCACGACUCGUUCACCAGGCGACAAAGGGGGGAGAAUGGGAGCUACUUGAGAAGACAGACUAACAUGCUGGUGCUGCCCAAGGACGUUCUCAUACCUCCUCAUCUCCUGGGGCAGCUAGUCCAGCACGAACUGGGGAUGCAAUUACUGACGAGGAAGAAUGUAGUGCAGAGGCUUGCCAGGACAAUUCAAAAGUUUAUACUUGACUUCGCCGGAACGGAUAGUGAAUCAUACUCGAGGGCGACCAAGAGCAGUAGAUCAGGAUUUGAUGAAACUCACUUCAUGUCUGAGGAAUCUGGCCCUGAGGAGGCCUCAGAGCACAGACUGGAGACAAUUAUAGACGCCGAGGUGAUGGAGACUGUACCGCGACCCGUCAGGAAGGAGUCCUUCCACGUGGACUCUCAGAGGACGACGCCAGAGAGAAGUGGGGAUGAUCAGGAGGGAUUGGAUACCGAGGAGAGAAUUCUCAAGGUGAAAGCAGCCCUCUGGAGCGCUGGCCACUAUGGAACGUCCCCUGCUGGAGUUGAGCAGCUGAAAAAUCACAAACUCGUGGAGAUGAUGACCAGUCUGGCUGAGAGCUGCCAACAAUACGCUGUCAGAGCAACUGCCAUGUAUGCACUGAGUUUGAUCAGCACUACGAGGGCGGGGGCUGACGUGCUGGCUCUCUAUGACUGGCCUUGUGUGAGGUACAGACGGGGAGAUCAGUGGCCCAUUGUCCAGCCAACUCCACAGUUCCCUGUACCCAGUCCUGUGCCCAUUCAGAAGCAUCACAGGAGUCUGAGUGAUGGAAAGCCCGAGCUUCCAGAUCCCAUCGUCAGAAGAACGAGAAACAGAUCUGAAAGCGCUGUCACUGAUAUCGAGACCAAGAGACUGGCCUUUCCUGAAAGAGGAGAAACACCCAGUCCGGUAUCGAGUGUACAGAGGCUCAGCCAACAGGAUGCUGAGGGAUACGCCAAACUCAGGAGAUAUCAGAUGCACAGAAGACCCAGUUUCUCUCACAGCAGCUUGGAGAUGUAUAGCUCUGAUGGUCGACUCUCGCUGCAGAGCCUGUCCGAGUUUGAGUCCUCUAGGAGCUGGACCACUGAUAAUCCAACUUCUUUGACGCCUCCUGCUAUCGUUACUAGGGAGGAGGAUCCCGGGGACACUUGUUAUAUGGGGAUUUGUCUCCCCAAGACCCUUCAGAUGAUCUUUUCAUCGAGUACGAGGACAGGAAUAGCUCACGAGGGAAACAGGAGCGAUGGGGAGAACAGCCAAGGAGAUGAGGAGGACGAGGGACAGGCUGGGGAUCACUGCAGGAUUUGUCUGGUGUGUUAUAAUGGCAGGAACCAGUGGGAUGACGAGGUGAGUGAGGGCGAUGCCAAAAUUAGAAGGGAAAUUUUGAGACAUGCUCAGAGGCUGUCUAACCCGGUGUGGUAUCGACACAGUCGGCAGACAUUGUUACGACUGAGGCAGAGGUAUCCUGAGAAAUUUCAAGACACCUGUCUAUUCUCAGAAGUAGCUUCUCGCCUUGGGAGUGGAACCUACAGACUUCCAGCCAGGAGAUUCCUCCAGGAACUCUUCCUGGACGUCUCCUUCGACGUUCUCUACCUGGAACCAAUGAAAAUCCUUAAGAUUCCCAUUGGCACAGAGGAGAAUCCUGUGCAACCGACGUCCACAGGUCUCUCCACAGAUUUAAACAUUAGCCCCUCAAAGCGACGAGUCAAUGGAAGAUUGACAAUACCAGAGGUCGAAUCACCCUCAUCAACGACCUCUGAGCUUACUAGUGAGACGAGGGACACUGGUGCAAAAUUAAAAUCCCCCGAGAAAGCCGACAAAACUGAAAAACUCAGCGACGAGAAGAUAAUAGCGGAAAUACUAAAACCUGCUGAGAGGCUCAGGAUAUCCAAGAGUUCCGAUAAUAAAUUAUUAAAAGUUACUGGUACAAACACUGCCAUCAGCCUUGAUUAGUACUCCAAUCUAAUGAAUCAUAAACUGUAAAUAUUUUAUAUUAAUGAGAGAUGAAGAUAACUAUAAUUAUUGAAUUAUAUUAAAUAAAGGAAAGAAUUCAGGCACUGCCAGGA